AUGGAUAGGUGGAUUUGGGACAAGGAAGUAAAUGGCAAAUUCACGGUCAAGAGUGCUUAUAAGAUGAUUCAGGAGAUUGAGACUAGUGGUGAUGGGGAAACAUCCUUGCAGAUGGGGGAUAGGAGUCUUUGGCGGAAAAUAUGGCAUAUGGAAGUUUCCAGGAAGAUUAAAGCGUUUGCAUGGAAGGCUUGUAACGAUAUUUUACCAACACUUAUUAAUCUUAGGAGGAAAAAGGUGGAGGUGGAUUCUAAGUGCUGUUUCUAUCAGAUUCAUGAGGAAGAUAUUACUCAUGCUUUGUUAAAUUGUCCUACUAUCUAUAUUGUUUGGCAGCGUUUCUUCCUAGUGGACAAGUUUCUUCAUACUUCUUUCAGUUUUAUUCAAACUAUGCACAAGGUUCUGAUGCAAGGCAGCGAAGCUAAACUAACUUUGUUUUGUGUCCUUUGCUGGAGCGUAUGGUACAGAAGGAAUCAAAUGCAGAUGGAGAAGAAUUUGCUACAACCUGUCCAAGCGACUAAGCGUGCUUUAUCAAUGUGCAAAGUCUUUAAUGAUGUGAAGGCUGGAGUUGGGAUGGUUAUGCGAGAUACACAUGGAGCAAUUGUGAUGGUAGCAAGUAAGAUUGAGCAAGAGGUGGAUGAGGCAGCUACAAUUGAAGCCAUUGAUGUGUUGAGAGGGAUACAACUUUGUCUUCCACUUGGCAUCCCAAAAGUAGCCAUUGAAACUGAUUGCCUCAGUGUGGUUCAGGAGCUGCAAUCUAAUGAAACCUUUUAUGCUAAUGCUGUUCAAAUGGGUCUAGGAAAUCCAUCAGAUGUACUGGAUGGUAAGGAGAGUAAUCUUGAUAAGGAGAGGCGGCUGAGUCAUCCUGAGAAUGAGAGGUCUGUUGAGAAGGAGAGGUCUAAUGAGCUGGUGAUAAUGCAGGUUGUUGUAAUAGAGAUAAGCUAG